UUCAAACUGUUUUCUCCUCGCCAUGUAAGUGCACUACGUAGUGAAUGGAUUAAUGCCUUCUCCACACUCUUUAGUGCACUAAUUAAAUAUCAAGGCGUUUGGGAUUCGGUCAUUUGAUUUCUGAGAUAUCUAAUUUGUAGCUAAUGUUUGGGUACCAGAGGAGAACCGUGUGUGCCAAGUUAAAAACAAACAAAACGAACCAAAGAUUACAUAUUUGUUGCUAGUAACUUUUGGAUAAACUGUCAUUAAGCCGCCACGUUCAUUUGCUCAGUUUAAGUUUAAAUCGAAUAAUUAAAUCUCUUAAACCUAGCUCCUGAGCUCCAUGUUGUAGCUACUAAAGCUACAGAUUACUUUCUAAAAGUGGCCUGUUGUGUUAGGAACUUGGGUUUGGCAGAUAUUUCCAAAGUAUUUAUACUCUUAGAAUAUUUAGGAAAAAUGAAAUUUCGAAAAAAAAAAAUUGUAUAUGUCUUAAAUCUAAUAGCUUUUAUUUGCUAAUUGUUUCAGAAUAGUACUGUAUAUCUGAGAGUGUUUUGGUAGGGUUGCCGGAUCUGAACCACUCAGUACAUCUAAUAUGAAUGAGUGGAGUGCUCUAGCGAAAGUCUACGACCCUCUCAAGGCUGGCAGCAUCGACAGCACAGACCUCGAGCCCCAUGACCGGGCCAUAUGGCGGGCGAUAAAUGCCCAUUACCGGCCCAAUAAAGCUGUAACAGGUGACCCUCAACUCACGCUUUUUGUCGCACGGCUCAACAAAAAGACAACCGAAGAAGACCUUCACAUCGUUUUCUCCAAAUUCGGCGACAUCCGACGACUGCGGCUCGUCCGGGACGCUGUGACUGGCUUCUCUAAGGGCUAUGCCUUUGUGGAGUACAAGGAGGAGCGCUCUUUAAUGCGAGCAUGGAGAGACGGCAACAAGAUGGUUGUAGACCAACACGAGCUGUUCGUGGACUUUGAGCAGGAGCGCACGCUGCAGGGAUGGAUACCGCGGCGACUCGGCGGUGGCCUGGGAGGAAAGAAAGAAUCGGGCCAGCUGAGGUUCGGAGGCAGGGACAGACCAUUCAGGAGACCUAUAAACCUGCCCAGUGCGAUGCCCAGACCAGCUGACCGGUGGAGAGAUGGAGAUGGAGGGAGAGAGGAAAGACAGAGAGAUGAGAGAAGAGCUACGUCUCCAGGCUGGGACAGAGAGCACGGGCGACAGCGGAAUCGGAGGGACGGAUGGGAACGAGGGAAUGAGCGAGGUGGUAGGGAUCACCAUAAAGACAGGAGGGACUCCAGACGAUACAGGGACAGGAGUAGUGAGAGAGAAUCCAACCGAGGAAAGGAUGACAGGAGAUAUCGGGACUCGUACAGAGAUUCGGAUAAAAGAUGACUCAUAUUUAACUCUGUUAAACUUUCUGGUUUCUACAAGUGUUGCUUUUAUCCUUCACUCACCUACGCCUUAGUUGAAACUAUGAUUGUAAAAGGAAAAGAUCUGUAUGUGGCGGCGCCAAGUUCAGGGGCAGAAAAAUACAAACAGCUAUAGUUUGGAUUAACACAUGACUGUUCAUGCGGUAGCUUUGCCAUGGUGAAAUGUAUUCAUAUUAAAUUGCCAAGAUUUCCAGAAA